AUGUCACAGCCCGCACAGAAACCCACUCAUACUCGCAACCCCCAAGAUUCCAUGGUAUCAACCUGGCGUCAUGACCAGUCCCAAUGGACCUUCUGGCACUGGAUGAUCGAACUUCUGGGCCUCCACCUCAUAGAUUUAGACAGACCAGUGCCAAUCUUCUCUGAGAGUGACAAAAUUCCCGCAGUACGCGAAUGGACUCUUCACCUCUGGAUCCUCCUCCACGCCUCCAUCCCUCUGGUUCUCCACCACAUCUACGUCUCCUACACAAACUCAACCCUCAACCUCCUAGCCACAUUCGCCCUAUAUUCCACCGCAUUCAAACUAAAUGGAAUCCACGAAAUGCACAUAAUGCGUCGUCUAGGACAGAUAUACGGCUUCCUAGACGGUGACAAGCACCCACGAGACGAAAUCCCAAAUAUAGGCGUUGGGAAAGUCAUCCGAGAACUAAUCUCCACCUCGACUUUUCGAAUCAUCAUGGCUAUCUACCUAACCUAUACGCCUACUCUUUCACCAUCUUCCUUAAGUUGGAAAUGUUUACCCCUUGAGAUAGGGCUGUACAGUAUUACAGUUGAUUUCUGGUUCUACUGGUACCACCGUCUUAUGCAUUCUACAAACUCGUUAUGGAAAUUCCACCGAAGACACCAUCUGACCAAACAUCCAAACCCCUUACUCUCGGCCUACGCGGAUCAUGAACAGGAGUUUAUGGAUAUUACAGGUAUCCCACUUCUAGCGUAUACGACUUUGAAGGUUCUUGGGUUACCGAUGGGAUUCUAUGAGUGGUGGAUUUGUUUUCAGUAUAUUGCUUUUUCAGAAUUUAUUGGUCAUAGUGGACUUAGGAUUCAUGGUGGUGCGCCUUCAACACUGAAUUGGGUGUUAGAGUUCUUUGAUGCGGAGUUGGUUAUUGAGGAUCAUGAUUUACAUCAUCGAUAUGGAUGGAGGAAGAGUCAUAAUUAUGGGAAACAGACUAGAUUGUGGGAUCGGGUUUUUGGGACUUGUCAUCAAAGAAUUGAGAGUGUCAAGGAGAAUGUGGAUUAUAAGAAUCGGGUUACUAUGCCGAUUUUUUGA